AUGAAGGAGGACGAGGUUGUGAACUCCUCACCGAGGCUCAGUGAGAAAACCGAUGACCCUCCAUCCUUUGAACACAAGGAGAAGAAGGAUGGUGCACUUCAAGACCUCGAAGGUCGUGGGCCCAAUAACCUCAAUGCUGUCUUUCAAAAUCCCCUGGCCGGUAUCCCUCGCGAGCAGUUGUUCAAGAACGUCCAAGAAUUUUGCACCAAAUUCGAUCUCCUAGAAGACCUGGAGACUUUCAAAAAGGGCGCUCUCGUCUCACAAAACCCCGAGACAGCAACGCAAUUGCCCGAUCUCAAUGAGUUCGAAAGGGAAGCACUUAUCCGAGAACAUACGCAUAAAUGGCAUCAGCCAUGGCAGUUAUACUGGCUCGCGAUUAUGUGUUCCCUGGCUGCAGCGGUGCAGGGAAUGGACGAGACAGUGAACAAUGGCGCACAAGCUUUUUACCUUAAGCGAUUUGGAAUCGAGAACAGCGAUAACCUUACCGGCCUCGUCGUCGGCGCUCCAUACCUAGCUUGUGCCAUCCUUGGCUGCUGGCUCACCGAGCCCCUCAACCGCUACUUUGCGCGUCGCGGUACGAUCUUCAUUUCCUGCCUCAUCGCAGCCAUAGCCUCAAUCUGGGAAGGCGUCGCCAACUCAUGGGUCAAUCUAUUCAUUGCACGUUUUGUGCUCGGACUGGGAAUCGGCUCGAAAUCCACAACAGUACCUAUCUACGCAGCCGAAUGUUCGCCAGCGCCCAUUCGGGGUGCACUGGUGAUGAUGUGGCAGAUGUGGACAGCAUUCGGUAUAAUGCUGGGAAACAUCAUGGGAGUGGCCUUCAUGAGUGUUGGAAAUGACCUCAACUGGCGUCUUAUGCUUGGAUCAACCGUUGUACUUCCCUUGAUCGUCUGUGCUCAGGUCUAUGUGUGUCCUGAGUCCCCCAGAUGGCUCAUCCAGCAGAACAAGAUCAAUAAGGCCUAUGUCAACUUCAAAAUUCUUCGUCCUACUGAGUUGCAGGCCGCUCGAGAUUUGUACUACGCCUACGUGGGUGUUGAGCUUGAGCGUGAGAUUAACAAGGGCAAGAACUUCUUCUCCAUGUUUAUGGAGCUCUUCACAAUCCCCCGAAACCGCCGUGCAACGCUAGCAAGUUGGAUUGUCAUGUUCAUGCAACAGUUCUGCGGUGUCAACGUGAUUGCCUACUAUUCCACCACCAUCUUCGUAGAUUCAGGCUACAGUACAUCGUCUGCACUGCUUGCGUCUAUGGGUACGGGUAUCCUCAACUGGAUCUUUGCUCUACCAGCCGUGUUUACAAUCGAUACCUGGGGCCGCCGCAACCUUCUGCUCUUCACAUUCCCUUUCCUAGCUAUCUUCCUCUUCUGGGCAGGUUUCUCAUUCUGGAUCGAUGCCAAUGAUGGCCACAAGCGAAUUGCGAUGGUAACGACGGGCAUGUAUUUGUUCGAAGUCUUCUAUUCACCAGGUGAAGGGCCCGUUCCGUUUACCUACUCCGCUGAGGCAUUCCCUCUCCAUGUUCGAGAAGUGGGCAUGUCGUGGGCUACCGCGACGACUUGGUGCUUUAACUUUAUCUUGUCCUUUACCUGGCCACACCUUUUGAGUACAUUCAAGCCCCAGGGAGCUUUCGGGUGGUAUGCUGGUUGGUGUAUUGUCGGCUGGUUCCUCGUUCUGCUUUUUGUUCCGGAAACCAAGGCUCUCACUUUGGAGGAAUUGGAUCAGGUUUUCUCCGUGUCUACGAGAAAGCAUGCUGCGUACCAGAUUAGGAACAGUAUCUGGCACUUCCGGGUGUGGAUCCUCCGCCAGAAAUUGGAGCCUCUGCCCAAGUUUUAUCAGGGUGCUGAGCAUCUUGCUGAAGUUGGAGAUACGGCAUCGAAGUAG